GCAUCGAGGCUGCUUGUGCAUUCCUAGUAUCGAUCGCAUUCUUGGAUUAUUUACCCCGAUCUACACCGAGGAUCACGGCACCCACUCCUGAGCAGGUCAGAGUGUUUCUACUCUUUCUGCAAAACAUUGUGCGCAAGAUGAGAGUAGGAGUUCCACUCCUAGUAUGCAGAAAACCAUCACACUGAACGGUCUGGGUCUGAAAAUGUCUGUCUGCAGUGAGUUUGUGGAACAUAUCUGGAAACCUGGAUCCUGUAAAAAUUGCUUUCACCCUCGAAGUGACCACCAAAAACCUCAGGCCCCUGCUGAUGGGAAAGCAGGCGACGUGGCUGUGCAUAACCUUAGUGGGAUUAGAAUCAAGUCUGAGAACACCCAGCAUGAUGAUGACGUUGUAAUUGCUGCCCUGUAUUCAAAGCCCACCAUAGCAGUAAAACCAACCAUGAUUACCUCAGAUGCUGCUGAGGUGUGGACAGAAAUGAACAGCACUGAGACCCUCACUCAGGUUAGUUGGAAAUUAUCCUCAUCAAGCAAUUCUGUUCUGAAAUCUGGUGAUAUUUCCAAGGUUAUCUUUGAGAAUUUCAACAAGCCCUUUGGUCAUAAUUUCAAUUCUGGUGAAAAUACAGCCAAAUGUAUCUUAAAUGGGCCCCAGAGCCCUGAUAACGUAGGAAUAAAUGCUGUGAAUAAUUUGACAUAUGUGAGUCACUUUGGUGGACAAGCAGACAAGGCAACUUUUAUUAAAGAAAAGUUACCCUUGGCUUAUGAGGACUCUAAUUCUGUGAAUAGCUCAGGAAGCCGACCUAAUACAGACAGAGCAUCUCCUCAUGGAACUUUAGUUUCGAGAGAUAAUACAGGGUAUCCAUGCUCUCCCAAGUCAGAAUCUGAAUCCAGCAAGAACCUACAUUUCAGUAAAAUUAAAGUAUCUGUUCACUCUGAGUCAGAUACCUUGUCAGACGCUUUGUCAUAUAUUAGUGUUAAAGAUAUCCCAGUUGCAUCACCUACAAAUGUGGGUUCCCACACUUCAGAGUUUCAUUCAUCUAAAGAAUACAGGCCUAAUCUGACAAAGCACUCUCAACAAUUGACACACACAAAGUCACUACUGCAAUGCCAAGCUGAAGGAAACCAAAGUGAGCCUAUUUAUGCAGAAAGCACUAAGAGAAAAGGUGUUUCAGGCAGAGUAAUUACAAGGACUGAAGGGCACACUGAGAAAAACAUUGUGAGACAAGAAAACAAUGCCGUGGAGGAAACACUUCAGCUGGUGAACAGUGACAGAAUGUACCAAGAGUCUAUGACACAAGUUUCAGCUAAAAUAACUGUCAUGGCUGCCCACACAGAAGAAGAUAACAGAACAAUUUACCUAAGCAGUCCAGACUCAGCAGUUGGGGUUCAGUGGACAUGUACCAGUCCGUCUUCAAGCAUAGAAAGUGCGACUCUGUCCCCAACUUUCCUUUGGGGAGAAGGAAGCCAAGGAAAACUAGAUAUUAAAUCCGAAGUAAACAAAACUUACAAAACUCAUGUAUCAUCCAAAAUCCAAGGUAAUUCCAGUCUGGUUGCAACACCCAAGAUUACCAAAACUAGUGAGUGUACCACUAAAAUAAUUUCCUCACCAACUCGUACUGCUGGGAUCCUGCCAUCUGUUUCCCAUAAGAAAGAAUCAUUGGAUGCCCAUGACAGAUGUUUGCCACCUGGUGACCGAAGAAGGUUCUAUCAGGCCAUGAGGAGUAAGCAGAACAGGAUUGAUGAGGAGGAAGAGGAAGAAAUGUCGAACUCCCAGCACUCGAGGGCAACUGUUGUAGGCAAUGGACCACUUGUUAAGUCCAGCACUGUUGUUUUCACUCACGAAGAAAGAACCAGAGCGAAGGAGAAGGAGUCUAGAAAAGGAAUUAGUAAAUCUUCAUCAUGCCCAGUUGAGCUUUCCAAAGUUGAUAAUGAUACCGAGGAAGGCAUUCAACCACCACCUCCCCCACCAAAGAAGCAAUUGAGGAGUCCUCUGAACCCAAACAAGAAUAGCUCUGAGUUGGAAAAUUUCAACCUUGGCUCAGUAGAGAGCCUUGAAGAGUCAUUCAAGGCAACGAAUGUCAGCAAUUCUAACGUGAACAUCAAUGUCAGCUUCAGUACCGGGUCUAUGGACAGCCUAGAUUCCAGAACAUGCAGCGAAGGAGGUCAAUCUCUUGAAGCCAUACAUUCACCUACUCUAUCUUCUGUGGGUGAGAAGAAGCAUUUUGGACAAGUGGAUCCUGGCGAGGAAGCUCAGAGUGGCUCUCUGAAACCUCCACCAUUGCCCGUAAAGAAAUCCAUAAAUAGAGCUUGUUCUGCACCUGACAACUCAGCUUGGGGUCGAUCUUUCCCAGGAAGAAACGGUGUUGGUCAAAAUAUUCCCAGGCUUAACCCUAGUCACUCUGAAGGAAACAUGUGUGGAGAUGAGACACCACUAGCAGGCUGUCCCUUGAGUCCAGCAGACAAACACAUAAUGUUUUCUUCUUCUGAAUCCUUAGAGAAAUGUUGCAAGGGUAGCAGUCACCGAAACGAGGUCAGGAAUAGGAACCAAAUCAGGGUAAAUCAGACUCUCUCUACCUCCCAGCUGAGUGUUUCCAGCCACACAUCUUCUGGAUCAAGCCUGCAGCUCCACCACCUUCUUAGCAACAUAGAUAGCAAGGAAGGGAUGUAUGCCAAGCUUAGCGGGCUUUAUGCACAGUCCACACGGCGCUUAAUGAACAAAUGUGAGGACUACUUCAUGCGGGAUCAAAGAAAGGAACUUCGCUUUAAUGAGAACAACUGGUCACUGUUUAAGCUGACCAGUAACAAACCAUGUUGCAAUGCAGGAGAUGCCAUUUAUUACUGUGCAACAUGUGCCAAAGAUCCUCUUAAUAACUAUGCGGUAAAGAUGUGUAGAACAGAAGACACAAAAACCUCGUACUGCAGUCUCUCUCUCCCAGUCCACUUUAACAUACAACAGGACUGCGGCCAUUUUGUAGCCACUGUGCCUUCAAGCAUGCUUCACCCGUCGGAAACAUCCAAGAGUUGUCCAACUGAUGAGAGCGCUCAGACAGUUUCUUCUAGCGAACAGGAGUGCGUGGUGGUUAUCACACGAGAAGUUCCAUACCGAACCACUGCAGACUUUGUUAGGGGGUCUGUCUCCACACACAAAUCCCAGCCCGAGGUUUAUGAACGUCAUGUUUGCCUUCUUCUACUACAACUCUGCAAUGGAUUGGAACAUUUAAAGGAACACGGUAUCAUCCAUAGAGACCUCUGUUUGGAAAACCUGUUGCUCGUCCACUGUCAGUCCUCCCCUGACAAGAUAAAAGACAGAAAAUAUGUUCCAAGGUUGAUUGUAAGCAACUUUUCCAAAGCCAAACAGAGACCUGGAUCAGAUGACUUUAAGCCCAAAAGAGAUAAGACCAGGCUAGCUCCUGAAAUAAUGGCUGCUUCCCAGUAUAAGAAGUUUGAUGAGUUUCAGACCGGCAUUCUCAUUUAUGAACUUCUCCAUCUAUCCAAUCCGUUUGAGGACAGCACCAGCCUUCAAGAGCAGGAGUACAGUCAAAAGGAUUUGCCUUCUCUUCCAAACCUAUCUGUUUACUCUCGGGGACUGCAGCACCUGUCCCACUUACUGCUGGAGGCUGAUCCCAUUAAGCGCAUCCGUAUAUCUGAAGCCAAGCGUAUUCUGCAAUGCUUGUUGUGGGGUCCGCGAAAAGAUUUAACAGACCAACCCUUCAGUCAUGAGGAGGCUCUUCAUUGUGCCUUACAAAACUGGAUUGACAUGAAGAGGUCCCUUCUAAUGAUGAAGUUUGCUGAGAAGGCUCUAGAGACUGAGCAGAACAUUUCACUAGAGGACUGGCUCUGCUGUCAGUACUUAGCAUCAGCAGAUCCGUGCUACCUGUACAAAACACUGAAACUCAUAAAGUUGAUAUGAACAUUAUAGCAAGGACAUAGAAGAAAGUAAACAGUGAGAUCGGAAAGUGUAGCCCUUUUGCAUAUGACCAGUAUUGGAUUGUGGAGCGAUCCAUUCAAGGCUUUGUGAAAGAAAAAGGGUUACCAAGUUCCUUGCAAUAGAUCUUUGGUGGCCUUAUGUAUGCUGUUUAUUCCUUUUUAUUUUAGUCUGAAUUUUCUUGGUCAGAGCAGAUGUAAAACUGUCUUAUGCCCAGGCAACUCCGUUUACAAUUUCUAUUUAAUGCUUUAAUUCAUAUUACUUUGCAUGAUUUAUCUAAUAUUUAUCAGCUUUAUAUCUACUUGGACCAACGAAAUCUGAAAAAGAAAAAGCAUUAGUUGUGCCUUACGCAUAUCGUUUGUGCCUUAAAUUGGGCUAAUGUAGUCUAGAUUUAACCAAAGGUUGACUCACAAAAAUGUUUAGCCGUGCAUUUCAUAGUACUUUGAGUACCAAAAGGAGCUUGCAAUUGCAGCACUUUGUACUGCUCACCUCUCUGGCACUCAGUGUUAGUCGUUCAGAAAGCCAAGAGGCGGUAGCCAUUUUGAUUGCUGUCUGUAGGUGAAUUAAAAUGGCUUCCACACCUUGUGUCAUAUGUACAUAUACAGAAUUUAAAGAAGAAUAAAAAUUAUAGACCCUAUUAUUUGCCCUACAUGACAUAGAGAACUAUAAUGGAGAAUGACGAAAGCACACUAGUAAUUGUUUUCACAUGUAAUAAAGCAUGAACUCAUGUAUAAUAGCUGUACAUAGGAAUGUGUGUGUAUAUAUAUAUAUAUAAUAUAAAAAUUUGUUAUUCUCUGUUCUAUCUUCUGGACCUAAGAAACAUUGCAGUGCAAUGAUUUGUUGUCCUUUAAGAUGAUGAAGAUUUAAAAUUAUAAAUAAUACUGUUUACAAGUUAGUUAUACUUUUCAGUCCAGCUGAAGGAGUAUUACACCUCCUCCCAGGUCACCUGUAUGGUUUCUAGAAUGGUUAAGGAGGAGCUGGUUAGCACUUUUAGUUCCUGCCCCUGACAAAGUACAGUUAGGCAUGCAUUGAACUACCUGUACAGAGUACAGAGAUUGCCUAUAUGUACCUGACUCGGUUAAAGCAGAAAAUGAGCCCUGUGCCUUUAAGAGUUUUUUUUUUCUUUCUUUCACCCUAAAGCCCUUUAGCACCCCUUUAUCCUCCUCCAAUUUCAUUAGUUUAUUAUACCUUUGCAUUGAUCACCCAAAUCUGGCACUCAUUGAAGCCAGGGCUUUAUGUAGAUUCCAGGAACCACGAAAAAGAGCAGAUCUGGUUUUUCUAGGAACCAGUGACAAGUUAUAUAUAUUGAGUUAAUGGAUCAUAAUUUGCUUUCGCUAAUCUGACAUAUACGGGGGAUCUUUGCAGGAGUUUAAUAUACUUUUUUUCACCCUGAUCUACAUUUUAAUUUAGCUUUUCCUGUUUUGUACUUUAUAUUGAAUUUUGAAUUCUAAAUAAAAUCUGUAAAAAAACAAUAA